AUGGAAGGCGUCGAUCCAGACACUCUUCUGGAAUGGCUGCAAACAGGAGUCGGUGAAGAACGAGAUAUUCAGUUAAUGGCAUUGGAACAGCUUUGUAUGCUCUUGUUGAUGAGUGACAAUAUUGAUCAGUGUUUUGAAAGUUGUCCACCAAGAACUUUCCUUCCCGCCUUGUGUAAAAUAUUCCUUGAUGAAACAGCUACAGAAAAUGUUUUGGAAGUCACUGCCCGUGCUAUAACAUACUAUUUGGAUGUAUCGAAUGAAUGCACCAGGCGAAUAACACAAAUGGAUGGUGCUGUCAAAGCAAUUUGUAAUCGAUUGGCAGUUGCAGAAAUGAGUGAUCGUACGAGCAAGGAUCUCGCCGAACAGUGUGUGAAAUUACUUGAGCAUGUUUGUCAAAGGGAAACAUCUGCAGUAUAUGAUGCUGGAGGAUUACAAUGUAUGUUGACUUUAGUUCGUCAACAUGGACAGUGUGUUCACAAGGAUACUAUUCACUCAGCAAUGUCUGUCAUUACGAGACUAUGUAGCAAAAUGGAACCGAAUGAUUCUGCUAUGCCAGAAUGUAGUGCCAGUUUGGGUGCUCUUUUAGAGCAUGAUGAUCCGAAGGUGUCAGAGUGUGCUUUGCGGUGCUUUGCCGCACUGACGGAUCGUUUCAUUCGUAAAUUUAUGGAUCCGGUGGAAAUGGUACGACAUGGGAAUCUUGUUGAACAUCUUCUUAAUUCAUUGGUGCCUAUACAUCCGACUAGUGUAACUUGCACUGCAUCGUUAUCACAUAUGAGAAAUACUAAUUCAGUGGGAUCGAUUGAUUCGGUGACAUCAUCACUAGCAUUUGGCUUAAAUCGGCCAGCGUCAUUCAUCUCCGUUGUCAUUUCAUUAUUGAGUAAUCUUUGUCGUGGCUCAGCGAUUGUUACCGAGCAAGUCGUAAGUUCUCCAGUGCUUUUUUGUGCACUUAAAACAGUUCUGACGAGUAAAGAUGAACGCUGCAUUAUGGACGCUUUGCGCUUUUGUGAUCUUCUUAUGGUACUUCUAUGUGAGGGACGAAGUGCGUUACCUAAAAGUAUGGGUUCUACUGUAACUAGCCGUAACGAACCAGGUCCUAAUUUCGACCGUUCUCAUAGGCAUCUUAUCGAUGCAAUUCGUCAACGUGACACAGAUGCUUUGAUUGAUGCCAUUGAGUCAGGGCAGGUUGAUCCAAAUUUCACGGAUGAUGUGGGACAAACUUUGCUUAAUUGGUCUUCUGCUUUCGGCACUGUUGAAAUGGUGACGUAUUUGUGUGAUAAGGGCGCCGAUGUAAAUAAGGGUCAGCGGUCCUCAUCGUUGCAUUACGCUGCCUGUUUUGGUAGGUCAGAUAUUGUGAAAAUUUUACUGAAAUACGGAGCCAAUCCUGAUCUUCGUGAUGAGGAGGGUAAAACCGCAUUGGAUAAAGCACACGAAAGAAGUGAGGAAGAGCAUCAGCUAGUAGCUAGUAUUCUAGAAAGUCCAAGCGCUUAUAUGCAAAGGGUUGACGAAGAAAAAAUAGUGAAAGCAGAAAGUGAUGUUGCAAGAGAAACAUCAAAUGAAAAGAUCGAUCCCGUGAUCGUGCGUCAAUUACUGGAACAACUUUUACCUGUUUUAUGCGAUGUUUAUCAGCGUUCGCUUGGAGCUAGUGUACAUAGAUCCAGUUUGUCGCUGCUUCGUAAAGCUGUCCAUCAUAUAUCAUCUGAAUCAAUGGAAUCGAUGGUUAAAGAGGACAACGGUGUUAAUAUUUCGACUGAUAUCUGUUUUUCUCGUGGACAGCGGCUUGCUGAAAAUCUUGUCAGCGUUCUGAUGAUGGGUUUAGAACAUGAGGACGACACAGAAUCGCAUGAAAAUGUAUUGCAAAUUGUCAAGUCUUUAUUCGUGAAAAAUACCGACUUUUGGUUAGAGCAGUUGGUGCGCGUUGGAAUUUUUGAAAAAGUUGAAGCUAUUGCUAAUCAGCCAGUAACACCAAUUAAAAGUGAUGCUUUGACAACGAUGGUCAUUGAUGAGAGUGGUCGCAUAUCAAGCUCUUUAUCUAUUACAGUCGUGGAUAACAUGUUUGUCAAAGCAGAUGAAGUAUCUCAAGAUGAAAGUUCUGGCAUAAACAGUAGACAGCAUCUGGCAUCGAAUCCUUCAAAGAGUUGCAGCGAUGAAAGUACAAUGUCUUCAACGGUUGUAUCAUCAAAUAAGGAACUAAAUGAUCUUACCAUGGUCAACUUUCCUGUCCACGAUGAUAAUUUACACAAUACGCAGAUAACUCCAUCUGCAAGUGCAGAUCCUGUAACUCCAUCCCUGGAAGCGUCUGAGAUUGGUUCCGUCACACCGGUGUCUUCCAAAUAUAAUAUCGGCAUUGAUCUUUCGUCGGCAGUGGAUGAUCAAUGGGAAAUUGUGCAGGGUAAGGGUUAUCGAUGGAAAGAUUGGAGGAUGAUCAAAAGUCAGGAUUCCUUCUUUAUUUGGUGCGAUGCUGUGGCCGUGGAAUUUAGCGAUGGUAGUAAUGGCUGGUUCCGCUUCAUGUUGGAUGGUCAGCUCAGUACUAUGUAUAGCAGUGGAAGCCCAGAAGUUGGUUCUGACAAUGCUGAAACACGUGGUGAGUUUUUGGACAAGCUCACUAAAGCUCGAAAUGCUGUACCUCCUGGCAGCUUGCCUCAUUCUAUAUUUAGCGCACCGGAUAUUAAUAAGACGAUUGGAGUUGGGAGUUGGAUUUUGGCUUCGCCAAAAAUUGGUGAAUUGACUGUAACGAAUCGUGAUGGGAAUCAGCAACGUUUGAUCAUUGUGGAGGAUUUGCCAGGUUUUAUUUUCGAAUCAAAUCGCCAGACAAAACACUGUUUCCAAGCGGAGAAGACUUUGGGUUUGGAUUUUGUUACUGGGUGGGCUGCACGAGGUGGAGAACGACGUUUGCGUUUCCGUGCCGAGACUCAAAAAGCGAAACUACAGGAAAUGGCGAAAGAAAUUUGGGACAACUAUUUGAAAGAAGCUCAGUCAAAGCCACGGGACGCUUUAGUUGAAUUGCAGAAAGCAUCAUCUACAGUCAAGGAAAUUUGCCAUCAAAAAAAUGGUCAGUUGUCAGCACGUAUGCUUUCGGAACUAGAGGCAGCUCUGAAAUGUAUGCAUUCUUCUGUUGUUAACGAUCGUCUAUUGUCAACUUUUGAGUUAUCGAUAUCUGGAAUUGUUGAUGCUUUAUUGGCGUUUCUGAAAGUUAUACAGAGGGACACAGAUGGUGAAAUAGCAAUCAUUUUCCGAAGGGUUUUUGUAGAACAACGCUCACUGUCCGCACUUGUGUGUAAAAUGGUUUCGAUUCUAGAAGCUGUGCAAAAGUUUCCUCAGUACCUGUAUGACACUCCCGGUGGUUCAUCAUUUGGUUUACAGUUACUUAAUCGCCGUAUCAAACUGAAAUUGGAACAGUUUAAUCCGAACACACCGUGUCAGAUGCAGUUGUUAGAUCGAUCGGGUAGAACGAUGAAAGUAGAACCAUUAAAUACAGUGAAACAAUUGAAGCGUUAUAUUUUGCGGAUGGUUGCUAAACAGUGGUAUGAUCGAGGGCGUGAAACGUUUCAUUUUGUGGAGGAAAUAAAAGAAGCAAAAAAACAUGGAGCGAAAAUUUCAUUCACUUACACUAAUGACUUUGAUGAUAAAGGUAUAAUUUACUGGUUGGGAACAAAUGGGAAAACAGUAGCUGAGUGGACAAAUCCAGCAAACGUGCAUGUUGUUUUUGUGACAAGCUCAGAUGGUGAACGUUUGCCGUACGGCAAACAUGAAGACAUUCUAAGUCGUGAAGCCCUCAAUUGUCACACUUCUGACGAUAAGAACGCUCAUUUUACAAUUGAUCUUGGUAUUUAUUUUUAUCCAAAUACUUAUACCCUUCGUCAUGCUCGUGGUUACGGACGAUCUGCCCUUCGUAAUUGGCUUUUGCAGGGUUCUCAUAACGGUCGAAUAUGGGAUAUACUUGUCGUGCAUGAAAACGAUGCCUCUUUGAAUUAUCCAGGUUCCACAGCAACAUGGCCAAUUGUUUGCUUAGAAGGGAAAGGUCCCUAUCGAUAUAUUCGCAUUGCACAAAAUGGCAAGAAUGCUAGUAAUCAGAAUCAUUAUUUGUCGCUAUCGGGUUUUGAAAUAUAUGGUGAUGUCGUUGAUGUCGUGGUAGAUGAUUUUAAAAUGCUGGAGGAAAAGCCAAGCAUAAGCACCAAGCGAUCGAAGAAAUGUAUCACUAGUACUAAGGAAAUAUCAGUGAAGGAAAGCAUUACUAGUAAAGCAGCAUUCGCUUCAACCAAUACUGACGUACGUUUGCCGGCCUCACUUAGUGAUGCGAGUGUAGCACAUUUGCCUGGCGGCCAAACUAAUAAUAAGGUUGUAAGUGGUAUCAUUGGAUCUGAUGUAAUCCUGAGCGCUACAAACACGAUGAAGAACAGGACAUUUCGCUAUCGGCGUGGUUCACGUUUACUGGCAGCAAAUAUAGCAGGACGUGGAGUCCGUAUAGCUAACGCACCUGAUGCAGUGGCGUGUCCGGUAGGCAGUCGUGUAGUUCGAGGCCCAGAUUGGAAAUGGAAUGAUCAAGGGAGUAAUUUGGAAGGGACAGUCGUAUCCCUCAUUGAUAAUGGUUGGGUUGAUGUUCAGUGGGAUGAUUGCACAUCAAAUUCUUACCGUUUUGGCGCCGACGGAAAAUAUGAUGUUGAACUGAAGUCUGUUGAAUGGACACCGAGUUUACGUCGAGGCUUUCGAACAGUUGGUACACGACAUGCUGCAGCUGCAUUAUCUCCCACCAGUAGUGGUCAAGUCCCUCCUGGAUUCGCAAGACAGCUUCCUCCAGUCCCGCGCGGAUUUAUGGAUUAUAGUUCCACAGGAACAUUACGAAAAGCAAAGCCUGGCGGUGCACCUUUUUCCCGAUAUCAUCAAAGUGUCAAUAACAAUACUGAAAUGGGUUUUGAUCGGAACAUGUCCGAUUCUUGUCUUCAUUGUGGUUCGCAAGAGCAUCGUACAAAAGAUUGCCCUAAUGGUUUGGACUCCUCUAAUUCACAGAAAUCAAAAAUUAAUGCAGAAGGCGAAAACAAUCCUGAUGCGAAGGUUAUUACUACAAAUCAGCUUUCUUCAGCUAUUGCACAAAAAUCAAUGUCAACUACGAAUUUGUUUGAUGGAUCUGAGGCAAUGAAGCGAGCAUCAGUAGCAUCAACGAAUCAGGCGGCGAGUGCGGAAUCUUUACAGCAUCAGACACCAUCUUUAGAGAAUUUAUUGGCACGUUCAAAAAUAUUCGAUGAUCGUAUCCCAGAAGUUGUUUCAGAUGAUAUGCCUGCAGUUGAGAAUCAGCGUACAACUGGUUGUUUAACAGCCGUCGAUACUGAUCAAGAAGGUGUUUCUACAAAUAAUUACGCUGGCUUAGAUAACAGCUUUGAAAGUUCUGAUGCAAUCGCAAUUAUUGAGCAAACACAUGAUGUAAAUAUCCCUAUGAAAACGAGCACAUAUGUUGGCGGUUCACAGCCUGUGUUACUUGAUCAGCAUUGUGAUAGUUCUGGAGAAGCGCGAAUAAUCAAGCAACGUGAUACAUGUUCAUAUCCUCAAGAUUCGGUUAAAUCCACUAUACAAAAUGAUUUAGCUCCAGUAAGCAACAGUAAUACAAUAUCGUUGGGGGAGGCGAAUGCGCGAAAUUUAGCCAAUUUGAGUGUCAGCGCUCCAAAUUUGGUUAUUUUACGACAGCUUCAACAGUCGGGAACAGUGGCAAACACUGACCAAGUGUUCAUGCCCGGUGAUGAUGAUUUGGUGCGGAAUAUCUUGCAUGAUUUGGCCAACGAUCCGUCGCGACUUCGCAGUCUACGUCGAUUUGCACUUGCAGGAAGUGGUUCAAUCCUGAUAAAUGAUGAUGAUAAUGUGAUACGCGAUUCUACUCAGCGAUACUUAGUCAAUGAAGAGCAUACAUCAAUAACGGACGAAUCUUCUGGAGUACUGACUCAUGAAGUCAUUCGCAAAAAUGCCGAUAUGGGUAGUGAAGUCAGUGAUCGCAUUGAUGCUAUAAUACCAGUUACCGGUGUAGAAAAUAAUGGUCAUCGUGAAGCAGCGAAAGGUGAAGUAUCUACUGCUGGUAGCACAGUUUUUUACUCAACUGAUGGCAAAGCGUCCUUAAGUUCUUGUUCACGAACGCAGUUUUCAGGCGAUGUUUUCGAUAAGGUUGAUGCUUCGAUAGAAGCAGUUGGAUCAAAUCAGCCAGAUGGUUCCCAAAAGGCAUCUGGUAAGCCUUCGUUUGAAACGGAUUUCCGAUCAGCUUCUGUGACGCAGUCUGCUGCGUGCUCACGACGCAAUAUACAAAGCAAUGGAGGCGGUUUCCGUUCGCGUUUAGGUAGUUACGCAGAUGUGUUACGCACUGUUGUCAUGCAGCAGAUCAUUGAUUCUGGUGGUUCGCUGAAUGGUCUCGAGUUAGAAGAAAUUGAGGAUGACAUAUAUGACGAUGAAAUGCAAGAUGAAGGUAAUGAAGAUGAGUAUGAUGAGGAAUAUGCAAGUGGUUUAUCAGUGGAGGCGCUGGCGCAAGCAGCAGUUGCUCUUCGUAAACAAUCUGGUGGAGGAAGCACUGGAUCCAGUGGAGAGCUGAAGCUUAAUUGGAAGCAGAUUGUAAUAGGCGAGGCUGGAAGAUUGAUAAGUGAUCGUGGUUUGCGAGUAUCAACCUCACCAGGUGACAAUAAACAAAAUGGAGGAAGUCUGAGUCGGAAUUGGGAUGAUGAGUUCGUUUUGAAGCACCAAUUACCCGCUUUAAUUCCUGCUUUCGAUCCUCGUCCAGGCAGAACCAAUGUCAAUCAGACCCAGGAUGUCGAACUGCCAAAGGAUAUCAAUGAAUCUCAAAGUGGUGUGGCAUUUCCUUCUGCGUGUUCAGUGCUACAUCCGGAAGAAGAACCAGAGUUGCGUCUCUAUCUUCAAGGACCCAAUUUAGCAAAUAUUAAUAAUGUUACUGUCGAACUGGAUGAUGAUGAUAGAUCCAUAUUUUUCUACCUCCAGCAGCUUGUUCAAAGCGUUGAGUGGGGACAGAAAAAUGAAAGAACGAGGCGUGUUUGGGAGCCGACGUAUACCUUGAUUUAUGGGGAUGCAUGUGAUAAUAAUGAACUUCCUCAAACGGUUAAUAUAACAGUUGCAGAAAUGAAUGGUAUCCCAGAAAAUGUUGCUAAUACGUUGGUUGUUCUUUCAAACUUAUAUCAAAUUGGUGCAAGUGUAAUGAAAUAUGAAAUGACGACAGAUAUUUUUGUUAGUGAAAAAUUGACUCAAAAGCUGAUGCAAGAGUUGGCAGAUCCGUUAAUUGUUUCUGCAAGAGCUUUACCUUCUUGGUGUGAUGAACUCGUUUUCAAAUAUCCAUGUUUAUUUAGUGUCGAAACAAGGAAUAAUUACUUUCGUGCUACUGCAUUUGGCACUUCACGUUCGAUUGUGUGGCUACAAACUCGUCAGGAUCAGUUGCUCGAACAAUCUCGUGGCACGACAAGUGCUGCAGCAGCAUCGAAUCUUGCUGGAACUCGUAGAGAUGAUAGUUAUCCAGAGUUCCGCAUUGGACGAAUCAAACAUGAACGUAUUAAGGUGCCUCGUAACGAUGAUCAGUUAUUCGAAUAUGCAGUUCGACUGUUGGAGUUUCAUGCCUCUAGGAAAGCAGUGUUGGAAGUUGAAUAUAUUGAUGAAGAAGGAACCGGGCUUGGACCCACACUAGAGUUUUAUGCUUUGAUGGCUGCCGAAUUUCAACGCAAAGAUUUGGCAAUGUGGAUCUGUGAUGAUAUGGACACUGAUCAGACGGAAGAGUUAGAUCUUGGCGAGGGCAUGAAACCACCGGGAUACUAUGUUCGUCGCGCGGGAGGACUUUUUCCGGCUGCAUUACCAGUAUCAUCGACAGAAAACUUACGUGUUUCUAAAUUAUUUCGGAUUUUCGGUAUUUUCCUAGCUAAAGUACUACAGGAUGGUCGUCUGGUGGAUAUACCUCUUUCACAACCAUUUUUAAAAAUGAUUACCAACUCACAGUUAACUGAAAAAGAGACACCUGAUCUAAAUGGUGUACUUAAUUUGGAUGAUUUGGAAGAAGUAUCUCCAGUCAGAGGUCGUUUAUUAAAAGAGCUAACUGCAUAUGUUGUGCAGAAGCGUUCUAUUGAAGCUGAUCAUAGAUUUGAUCCAAACACCCGACGACGACAAAUCCAGCAACUUAAAUUAAAUAUUAAUGGUUCAGAAUGUGCAGUUGAGGACUUGUCAUUAACUUUUUGUGUAAAUCCAUCGUCAACCGUAUUCAGUUAUAAGCAAAUGGAACUGAUUGAAAAUGGUGCGAAUAUCGAUGUCACUGCCAAUAAUGUUGAACUUUAUAUUGCUGCAUGCACAAAUUUUUAUCUCAUAUCUGGUAUUCUUAAUCAGUUGAAAGCAUUCCGCGAAGGCUUUGAUCUUGUUUUUCCUUUGCGAAAUUUAAGAAUGUUUGUUCCAAGAGAAUUACAGACCUUGCUAUCUGGUGAUCAGUGUCCAGAAUGGACUCGUGAAGAUAUUAUCAGUUUCACUGAGCCAAAACUGGGUUAUACUAAGGAAUCGCCUGGCUUUUUACGUUUUGUUGAUGUUCUAGUAGGGAUGAGUGCUAAUGAACGCAAAUCCUUUUUGCAGUUUACAACGGGCUGUUCUUCACUGCCACCAGGUGGUUUGGCAAAUUUGCAUCCACGUUUGACAAUUGUUCGGAAAGUUGAUAGCGGCGAUGGUAGUUAUCCAUCUGUGAAUACUUGUGUUCACUACUUAAAAUUGCCCGAUUACAGUUCUACGGAGAUUAUGCGUGAACGUUUUCUAACAGCAACUAAUGAGAAGGGUUUUCAUCUAAACUGAGAAAUUUUUGUACCAUUUAUUGCUGAGUUCAUUUCUUUUGAUGAUCUUCAAGCUGUUCAAUUUUUUGUUCCAUAAAAAUUUGUCCUCUCAUUAACUGGUGGUCGCUUUGAAUUUAUAAUAGCACUACCUUAUUUUCUUAGUUCAAAUCGGUGAUUGGAUCCAUUAUUGAGCAUGGCCGAAAACAAUAUCUAGUUACUACAACUGUUCACUCUCGAUUGUAGAAAUUGUAAAAAUUACUUGACAUAUUUUGUCUACUGUGGAAGAAUUGGAUCCCUAUGUUGUAGAGGCGGGACUUUUCAAAAUCCUAAUAGGUUCUUAGCGCGAUUGUACAGACAGGUGUGUGCUAUAUUCAGUUAACUAAAUGUGUAUUUUGGAGUUUUCUAGAGGCUAACUAUUGCAGUUAUAAACUUGUAUUGUCUUAACCCAGCUGUUUUUAGUCUUAUUUUAAAGUAAAUUUCCUUCCACAUUCACUUGACAAACUGAGAGCGAUCGAACAGCG